GAACGCUCAACACAGCGGGAAGGCUCAUCAGCGGUGAGUGUUCCUAACACAGCUGAAAGAUAAAAGGUGUUGUGUAGUGAUCCUGACCUGAAGAUCAGUAGGUUCAUGUCCUGCAUCCAGUAUGUCCAGUGUGUGUAAAGAUAGAUCCUGUAUUACUAGCUGAAGAGAGGAUCUUCUGUCCAGAUGAGAGAGUGGACUGAGUUGGAGAUGAACUUUUCAGCAGGGGGUUUUCUCUCCGCCUCGGAUGGUUUCUGCUCCACCGAGCAGCUCCAGUACUACGACAUGCUGGCUGACCCUCUGGGCUACCCCCUGCAGGACCCUGACCUCCAGCUGCUCCCGUACAACCAACAACAGUACAGUCCUGCCAACCUGCCCUUCUCCCUCUACAGCUCUCCACCCUCCUCCACCUCCUCUCCGUCCUCCUCCUCUUCCUCCUCGCAGCUCUGCCAUCCCCCGUACCACUACAGCUCUCAUUGCUUGGAGGCCCCCUGUGAUCCCUGUCCCGAGCCCCACUGUGGAGAACUGGCUCAGGGGCUUGGAGCUGUAGGUCUACCUCUGGGACGGAGGUCACGGGUGGGGUCAGGAGGGAAGAGCAGAGGUCAGGAUGAGCUGUGUGUGGUGUGUGGAGAUAAAGCAUCGGGGUAUCACUACAAUGCUCUCACUUGUGAGGGAUGCAAAGGUUUCUUCAGGCGUAGCGUGACUAAGAAGGCUGUGUAUCACUGUAAGAGUGGUGGUGGCUGUGAGAUGGACAUGUACAUGAGGAGGAAGUGCCAAGACUGCCGGCUGAGGAAGUGCCGCGCAGUAGGAAUGCUGGCUGAGUGCCUUCUGACGGAGGUGCAGUGCCAAUCCAAGCGACUGAGGAAAGGAGGUAAAGGCAGAGGGCAGGAUGAGGAGGAGAACACAGACAGUAGGAGGGUCAGCUCUACCAGCAGACUACCUGGACAGGCUUUGUCUGUCGGUCUAACACGAGAACAGAAGUACAUUGUGGACAGGAUGGUGGAGGCCCAUCGACUGUACAGGGCACAGAACGGCAGCCACAGCAGGGUAGGUCACAGUGUGGAAACAUUACUUGUUCUCCCAAAAAUACAGUCAACAUUUUCAUGUUCUCCUGAUGAUUUAUUGUGUGUAUGGGAUCAGUUGUUUGAGUGGCCAUAUGCAGAAGAAGGAGAGGGCCUGUCUGAAGUUGUAUCACCCCACCUGCAAAGACUGCUGCAGUUUGCCAGGACAGUGCCAGGUUUUGACCUGCUGGAUUUUUCAGACCAAAGCUCUCUCUUGUCUGUCUCUUCACUGGAAGUCAUGUUUCUGCUCUCAGCCCAGCAGUUCUCCAAUAACCCAACAAGCCCCAGUCCAGCCCUGCAGGUUUUAAGUACAUCUGCACACAACUGGCUGAGAAAUGUGGAGUCAAAGGAAAACAUCCACAGCAGGGCAAUGGUCAAUUCAGGAAGUAAUGAGGAUCUCUUCGGGCCGGUGCUCAACUUCUUCCACAGCAUGAAAACUCUGCGGGUGACGGAGGCUGAAUACAGCCUGCUCACUGCUACAGCUCUGCUCUGCUCAGACCGGGCAUCACUGCAGGCGGCCAGCUGUGUUGAGAAAAUGCAGGAGCUGAUCCUGGACCUGUUGUCCAGGGUGUGUGGGGCCCAGGCUGGAGCUGCGCGAGGAGGACCGCAGAGGUUUGGCCGCCUGCUGGGCAGACUGACGGAGCUCCGAACCCUUCGUCACAAUUACUUCCUCCUGACAAGACAGCAGCCUGGAGCCUGAUGGAGAGGACUUGCCGGAAACGAUGAACACCUCCACCGACAUCUCCGGGGAGUUUCAUAUUAACUUUAAGGACUAAAUGGUCAUGUAGCAGCUGAGAAACUGUACAAACACUGUUUUUGAGAAAGUAACAUUUUCAUUAUGGAAAUGCGACUUUUCACCUGAUAUUGAUCUUCCACCAUUUUCUCAGUUGACUUCAGUCCUGCAGUCAUUAUUGAAUUUCAGCUCCUAAACGGCACUGACGUGCCUGUGGAUUGCUGUAGUUUGUUUGAGCAAAGAAAUGUUCAUGGGUCUUUUUAUAUCUGUUUAUAGCAUGUACACUUACAGUACUUUUCACUAUGCUGAGUAUUGUUAAAAUAAAAAAGACUGUAAACUGUGUGUUAACUGGAGAUUGUCAGUGGGAAAGAUGGUUUUGUGAUUGAAAUCUGGAACCAAACUGAUGUUACAUUUUAUCACUUUUGAUUUUAAAAAGAAAAACAAAACAAAA